UCGACGUUGUACUCUCGCGUCGCACGGCGUUCGCGCGGCGGUCGCGCCGACGAACGCAUCGUCCAUCGAACGCAUCCGAUGUGGGUUCACCCUCGUCGCGGCGUUUUCCCGAGCGGCCUACCCAGAGUUCACGUUGGAGCGGUGGAUCUCAAGUCCUGUCGAUAGACCCCCACGUGCAUGGACGACGACUGCAAGCGCGCCACGGUGGAGCGAGUGCAACUGCGCUGACCAGAUCAAGAUCCAUGUCAUGCUUGCCAUGAAGCGACCCAUGGGACAUUCCAUGCGGCAGGACCUUGAUGUACGCGUCGGAGCUGCCGUAGACGGUCAUCUACAUUGGCGGCGAUGCGCCAUGGCAAGAUCUAGUACUGGAUCGUUUGCUCUGGAUCACUUGUACCUUCGCCUCUCACAACUGAACGACAGACACCCCGUACAUGAACCGCCUUGAAGACAGCUCAUCGCAAGUUCAGGAAGGAUAUGAGUGGCAAGAAGGGGAAAGGCGAGAGGUCCGCGUGCCGCCGCCUCCACCGUCCAACGAGAAGGCGGACUCGUUUCGUCGGGCGUCUCUCUCGCCCGGAACGAUGCAAUCACUGCCGGACUAUGUCAAGGGCGCCGCAUGUACCCCCGCUGGUCAAUCCAGAAUUCUCUCACGAAUCGCAGGAAGGUACGGGCUGCCAUGCACCACGAGUGGGCAAGCGAACGACAGAGCAGACGAUCGAGCGGUCGGACGUGAUUGUGAAAAGCCGCCACAAUUCCGUUCCAAACUCAGAUGCCGCGCAGGCGCGAAAAAUUCCACAUGGAUGGUACCCGAGGUGCACGAUGUAUGCCAUGGAGGUGCGUCCAUGGCACACAACAUGUAGCGACGGCACGAGUGGGUGGGUUUGCUCGCAUCGGCCGCCGUGUGGCGACGCAUGGCGGCCGGUGGGUUGCCCGGAGCGAGGAUGUCCGCACGUCGCCCGGUGGACCAAUGGCCGCGACACGACCGGGCAGUAAUCCGCGACUGGACAGUUGUCCGGUGCACGUGCGAAUCCACCAAAUAUUUCAACGCGGAUCCGUCACAAGCAUUCGAGCAACCGACCAUGCGCGCGAGUUCCGCGGCGCUCGUGUGGCUCGCGGCUGCGGCCGAGCCAUUCAACGCCCCCAACAUCCACUACAACACGGACCAUGGCAUCGUCCGGCACGUGCUGGACCCUGCGUCGCAAAACACGCCAUUGCACUUCAACCAACGACACCUGCGACCCCCGCCGCCGCGCAUCCCACCCGAGUUUGACAUCUUCAUCGGCAUCUCGGCGUACCGAGAUGGCAUCCGAUGUGGGUUCACCCUCUUCACAGCGUUUUCCCGAGCGACCCACCCCGAUCGAGUGCACGUUGGAGUGGUCGAUCAAGUCCUGCCGACGGACCCGACGUGCAUGGACGAGUACUGCAAGCUCGCGACGGUCCAGUGGGGCGAGUGCAAGCACAAAGACCAGAUUACGAUCGAUGCGCGCGACGCUGGUCAGUCCCAAGGCCCGACGAUCGCGCGCCAUGCGCAGCAGCACCUCAUUCGAGACGAAGAGUUUUGCCUCCAGCUGGACGCGCACAGCCAGGUGCUUCCGGACUGGGACACCAAGCUCGUCGCCGAGUGGGGUCGCACGGCCAACGAGAUGGCAGUCUUGACGACGUACCCUCCCGGGUACCACAUGAUCGGACCCAACUUGACGUACCCGCAUCUGUCGGCUUCCCAUCUCUGCGACCACACGGCGCGGUCCGGCCCAGACAUCGUUCCAUUUGCCACGGGCAUUGUGUACGUCGAGUACUCGGAGCGGCCGCAGCUGUCGGCGUUUUUUGGCGCCGGGCUGUCCUUUAGCAAGUGCCAUGCCGAGCGGCGCGUUCCCGUCGACAACCAGACCCCGUGGCUCUUUUUUGGCGAAGAGUCGCUCCGGUCGUAUGCGCUCUGGUCGAACGGGUACGAUUUCUACAGCCCAAGUCGCCAUGGGUCGGUGGUGUUUCACAACUGGACGAGUGAUCCGAAGAAAGCCAGGUUUGCAGACACCGCCCAGGACGAUGAGGUCGCCGAUCGGCGGCGGCGGCAGGAGGAAGAGAAGAGUCGAAAUCGCGUCCGCGCCGUGCUCAAGCUGCCAUUUCAUGGCGACGUCGACACGACCAACUUUCACGUGUUUUACCGCGGGACCGUGCGCAGCGUCGACGCGUUCUUGGACUUUCACGGCGUGUCGAAUGCCAACGUGAGUCUAGACCAAGAGCGAUGCCACCAGCUGCACUGGGUGCCGUACGCCCAGCCUGACGAUGUCGAGAAGCUGCUGCCGGGGUGGUACAUGCACCAACUCAUGGACAACACCAGCGCGGCAUCGAACGAGGUCGACGAUACCAGCCACGCCAUCGACGUGUUGAAAGACCAAGUCAAGCAGAGUUUGACCGACGCGUUCAAGGGCCAGCUCGACGCCAUUGCGCGCUCGGGCCACAAUAUCACGAGUCGAAUCGAGAUGCUGGCGCUCGAGGACGCCGACCAAAAGCACGUCUGGCUCGACCAACUCCAAGAGAAGCUUCGCAUCGUGCAGUCGUUGGAGAUCCAGCUCGAGAAAUUCAACGACCGCACGACCCUCGAGUCGUUUUCGGAGAUCAUGCCGGCGCUCGUGGUGUUGGUCGCGUUGGCCUUGGUGGCGUUGGCGAACCGAUGGCGACGAGCGCUCCAUUCGUGUCGAGGGCCGACCAAGGACAACACGAAUGGCAUGUGAUGCGUUGGACGAGAGGCGAUUGUCGUCGAGAGGUAGACGCAAGGGACAUGUAUUCAACGUGAGGCGAUGCCAUGGCUUUUACCUUUGUCUUGUCCAUGGAAUGGCUCCAGAGUCCGGGUCCCAUGCGUCGCUCGUGCCCAUCCCGACGAUGCGACCAUCGGAUUCAUGAAGUGACGAGACAAAUCGACGGCCCCGCCCUUGAUGCGCUCGUCAACAAACGUGGUCUCCACUCGGCCAUCCACCAACUCACUCGAAGAUCGCCGCGGGAGGACAUCCAACAUCGAGUGCGCCAACCACACGAUUGAACAAGAGCACAGUACUGGAUCCACUCCACACGCUGCUGCAGGCGGUGACGACGUCGAGAUCGCGACGAUCGCGCGGUGACGACGUAGAGAUUGCGACGACCGAUGGCUCUCCUGGACACUUCUGUGUCAAGUCGUUGGGUCCCUCCAUCAUUCGCAUGAUGCGCUCGCCCAUGUUUCGCCGCCUGCAUGGACGACGAAUAUGGCCGUCGCCACCGUCCGCCACGUAUGCCUUGGGUGUUUUCGACAACACUCUGCGUUGAAUCGAAGCGCUCUCGUCCGAGCAUGUCGAUGGGGACUCGAUGUCUUCCAUCGACCUGUACAUGGAGAUGGUUCAUUUUACUUGUCACUGGAAUAGAUCGCAAUGAGCGAGUCCGUGGCCCCGGCGGCUAGAAGCAAUCGAUGCGGGUGAAACGCGAGGCAGCUGACUGGACCAAUGCGCUAACGUGGUCGUGAGAGUCGUCGGGAAGACGAGCGACUUACUUCGCCGAGGAAGCCUUCGUGGUACCGAAUCAGCGCGAGCUGCUCGCCGUCUUGGCGAAACACUUUGAUAAACUGAUUGUGCGAUCCCGUCGCGUACAGCGGCGCAAAGUCGUGG